UUUUUACAUGAAACUUGAUUGUGAGGGGAAAUGUAUAUUUAUGAAACAUCUAGGUGUUCAACAGAAUAUACCUACCUAAAUCCUUUGCUCUUCUUCUCUAUAAAUAUUCCUCAAAGCCUUAGUCCUCACUCCUCUAAAGUCUCACUCAAAUCUCAGUCCAAUAUAACUCAACCACCCAAAUGGAACAUCACCAACAAGGCCUCGCCCUCCACAAUGACCAUCCGGAGCCAACCUAUCGCGGCGUCCGCAGGCGCAAAUGGGGCAAAUGGGUGUCUGAAAUUCGGCAACCGGGGACCAAAGCAAGAAUUUGGCUUGGCAGCUAUGAGACACCGGAAAUGGCAGCUGCAGCCUAUGACGUUGCUGCAUUGCACCUGAGAGGACGCGCAGCUCACCUCAACUUUCCCGAGCUGGUCGACAGCCUCCCUCGGCCGGCGAGUUCCUCCUCUGAAGACAUUCAAAUAGCGGCUCAACAGGCGGCUCUUAGGUUCAGAAGAUCACCCAAUGAAGGCGGCGAAGGUGUCAGUGAAGUUGAAAGUAAUAAUUUAGGGCCAGUUAGAAUUGGACUGUCGCCGAGUCAGAUACAAGCUAUCAAUGAAUCACCAUUGGAUUCGCCCAAGAUGUGGAUGGAGUUGGGAGCGGGGACGUUCUCGUUAGGUGAGGGAGGGUUUUCUGAAAGUUUUCAAAGUUUUAGUGGUGAAUGGGAAGAGGAUCAAGAUAUGCAGCUCGUCGAAUCUAUAUGGGAUUAUUAAUUAAUUAAUUAAUUAAUCAUAAAUCAAAACAUUUAGGUCGAAAACAUAUUAAUUAGUUGAAUUAUUGAAUAUUCAUAUCAAUUAUUCAUCCCAAAGGGGUGAAAUAAAUUUAAAAAAAUGAUUUAUUUCUGAGUCAAUUGAAAUUGAUGAGUUAAUUUUUUUUCGAACUCAUUUAGUGUGUAAAAGAUGCUCAAUUUUGUUGGGUACUACUGCUAUUGAGAACAGUGCAAGAAAAUGUGCAGCUGUUUCAAAAUUCUUUAUGUAUAAUGAAAGUACAUUUAUUUAUUUA